AUGGAUCCCGCGGCCAGCAGCUGCAUGAGGAGCCCCCACCCCCCAGCCCCGGUCUGGGGCUGCCUUCGGAAUCCCCACUCGGAAGGCAAUGGGGCCUCGGGGCUACCCCACUACCCGCCAACCCCGUUCUCCUUCCACCAGAAACCAGACUUCCCGGCGACAGCAACAGCAGCGUACCCCGACUUCUCAGCCUCCUGCUUGGCGGCCACCCCACACAGCCUGCCCCGGGAGGAGCGUGUCUUCACUGAGCAGCACCCCGCUUUCCCACAGCCCCCCGACUGGCACUUCCCUGUCUCGGAAGCCAGGCGCAGGCUCAACCCGGGCCCAGCUGCGAGCUCCAGGGAGAUGGGGGCCAGCAGCCCAGGCCUGGUGGACGCCACGGGAGGCCCAGGCGAGGACUACGAGGUCCUUGGGAGCACUGCCAACGAGACGGAGAAGAAGUCAGCCAGACGGAAAAAGGAGAGUUCAGACAACCAGGAGAACCGAGCGAAGGCGGAGGGCGGCAGCAAGGCCCGCAAGGAGAGGACGGCCUUCACCAAGGAGCAGCUGCGGGAGCUGGAGGCCGAAUUCGCGCACCAUAACUACCUGACCCGGCUCCGGAGAUACGAGAUCGCUGUGAACCUGGACCUCUCCGAGCGCCAGGUCAAAGUGUGGUUCCAGAACCGAAGAAUGAAGUGGAAGCGCGUGAAGGGCGGUCAGCCCAUCUCCCCCCACGGGCAGGACCCCGAGGAUGGGGACUCUGCAGCCUCUCCAAGUUCAGAGUGAGAUUCUCCGUGGAGAAAAAGACUGAGGACUAAGCCCCCUACCCAACUACCCUCACCCUAAUCCUACCUUCACCUUCUCCCAUCCACCCCAGGACAGCCUCUCACAUCUUGCAGUGACUCUUGGAUAUGAAGCUGCGCGGUGUUCCUGGGAGCCUUGAAGUUUCCCAGAAAGUUCUGUCCAGCAUUUCUCUCUCUUAGUGCCCCUUCCCCAGUCUUUGCUUCCCACAGUUCUCAUGGAAUCAUGCAGUGGCCUGAUCGGACCCAAAUGAAUCCGGGGAACAGCUCCAGGGACUCUCCUUCUCAGGGUCUCUUGGCUGCUGCCCACACCUCCUCCUACCACCUUCCUCCUGCACCAGCCAGGCCUCUUCCAGGUCUGGACACCACAUGGCCUGCUGGGAGAGGAGCCGUGGGACCAGCUGGUGACUCAUGAAAAUGCUCCAGAAGAAAGGAAAUGACUGAGACACACACACACCCUAGACCACCCUUCCUUUCUCGGCUCUAUAUCUGAGGCUUUGGGGACCCUCGGUUGUCCCAAAACCCCAGGGAAAAUCAGUGUGAGGAAGGUUGAAGACAGAAACUCAGCUGCUGCAAAUCAGAAACCAGUCCCUGUCUGGAAGUUUGCUGGCUCAGCAGGCAAGUUUAUGAGCACUGACUGGAAGAAGACAGUCUGAAAAACAGCCUGGUGUUGGUCUCCGUGGUCCACACAGGCCCGUUCACACUGGCUUUCCUGGGUGGGGGAGAGUGGACCCAGGAAAGCACCUGCUUCUUCAGAAUCAAUUCAGGGACACUACUGGGAGUGUUGAGCAGCGCCCCAGAGCAAGAGAGCAGCUAUUCCUUUUCUGGCUUAAAAUUUCUGGAUUGAAAACCUAUCCAGAUGCUCACAUUAUUGAGUUGAGGGCUGGAGAGUGUCCCCUCUGUUCUGAGAACGGAGAGAUGAUACUGGGGCUGUGGAACCCUGGAGAGAAAGGUUCUCCCGCUGCAGCGUCCUCUGCUUUCAAAGGACUCUGACUGCAAAUGGGGACAAGCAAGCAGUCCCUCCUUCUCCACCAGAUGCACCCAAGCUCCUCCUACGCGUUCCACAAAUGCUGUUAUUAUGGGAGGAGCUGCUAAGUUUCUGUGUGUGGACGGCCCAGAUCCUCUGGGGGGACACUCCAGGACUGAUGGCCAAACAGCCUGAGGUGACUGAAGCCUCGACGAGAGAGCCCUGCCUGCCUCCAUGCUCUGUCUCCCAAUACCAGCCGGUG